AUGACAACAGAGAGGACCCCAUGGUGGAAGGCAUUCCUGCCAAAGAGGAAGAGUGGAGGCUCCAAGGAUACCUCUACACCUCAAACCUUCGAACCGGACUUCGACCCUUUUGCCCUAACUGUGUCUGAGAAACAGAAAGAGCCCACCGCUGGAGCAGCCUCAAAGACCACCGUAGACCAGUCCCAACAAGGAUCCAAGAGCUCCAGCCUCCUCAGUGAUGAAACCUUUGACGACUCCCGCCUGGAGUCGGUCUUCAAUGAGCAGACAUGUCGCAGGAACAUGAAGGUGUCGCGCUCAGGUCGAUUCAAGGAGAAGAGGAGGGUGCGCUCGAGCCUUCCUAUACAGGACAAAGAGACAGAGAAUGGGGCAUCGGGGAAAGAGGACAUGCGGUGA